AGUCUGGCGCUCACGCUCGAUUCUCGCGCGCCCAGCCCGCGGCGCAUGCGUAGGGUCGGCAGCCCGCGAGACCUGGUUUCAGUUUGGCCUCGCGAUAUUUCAUCCAGCUGUUCCUCCCUCCGGCUGGCCUUCCUUCGGUGCUGCUUCCGGGAUGCCCUGACCUGUCCUAGGUUGACCGGUACCGGUUCUCUUAAUUCUCUCCUGCGACGCUCCUGGGCCCCCAGACUACAUUUACAGCCCGGUGGCUUCUGGUGGACCCUGCUCACCCUUACCCUACCCCAUCUCGGAGAGCCCGCUGCGCCCCAGGAACCAAUCAGCAGCCGCCUUAGGUGACCAUGUCUGAGUCUGGGCACAGUCAACCGGGGCUCUAUGGGAUAGAGAGGCGGCGGCGCUGGAAGGAGCCAGGCCCUGGCGGCCCCCAGAAUCUCUCCGGACCCGGAGGUCGGGAGAGGGACUACAUUGCACCCUGGGAAAGAGAGAGACGGGAUGGCAGCGAAGAGACCAGCACAGCGGUCAUGCAGAAAACCCCCAUCAUCCUGUCAAAACCUCCAGCAGAGCGGUCAAAGCAGCCCCUGCCUCCAGCAGCCCCUGCUGCCCCGCCUGCCCCAGCCCCUCUGGAGAAGCCCAUUGUGCUCAUGAAGCCCCGGGAGGAGGGGAAAGGGCCAGCGGCCACAACGAGUGCCUCAACCCCCGAGGGCACUGCCCCACCACCCCCAGCGGCCCCCGUGCCACCCAAGGGGGAGAAGGAGGGGCAGAGGCCCACACAGCCUGUGUACCAGAUCCAGAACCGGGGCAUGGGCACUGCCGCCCCAACAGCCAUGGACCCUGUCGUGGGCCAAGCCAAACUGUUGCCCCCAGAGCGCAUGAAGCACAGCAUCAAGUUGGUGGAUGACCAGAUGAAUUGGUGUGACAGUGCCAUUGAGUACCUGUUGGAUCAGACCGAUGUCCUGGUGGUUGGUGUCCUGGGCCUGCAGGGGACAGGCAAGUCCAUGGUCAUGUCGUUGUUGUCAGCCAACACUCCGGAGGAGGACCAGAGGGCGUAUGUUUUCCGGGCCCAGAGUGCUGAAAUGAAGGAGCGAGGGGGCAACCAGACCAGUGGCAUCGACUUCUUUAUUACCCAAGAGCGGAUUGUUUUCCUGGACACACAGCCCAUCCUGAGCCCCUCCAUCUUGGACCACCUCAUCAACAAUGACCGCAAGCUGCCUCCAGAGUACAACCUGCCCCACACCUACGUUGAGAUGCAGUCGCUCCAGAUCGCUGCCUUCCUCUUCACGGUCUGCCACGUGGUGAUAGUCGUCCAGGACUGGUUCACGGACCUCAGUCUCUACAGGUUCCUCCAGACAGCAGAGAUGGUGAAACCCUCCACCCCAUCUCCCAGCCACGAGUCCAGCAGCUCAUCAGGCUCUGACGAAGGCGCCGAGUACUACCCCCACCUGGUCUUCCUACAGAAUAAAGCUCGCCGGGAGGACUUCUGUCCCCGAAAGCUACGGCAGAUGCACCUGAUGAUCGACCAGCUCAUGGCCCACUCCCACCUGCGGUACAAGGGUACUCUGUCCAUGUUGCAGUGCAAUGUCUUCCCUGGGCUCCCGCCUGACUUUCUGGACUCUGAGGUCAAUCUGUUCCUGAUGCCUUUCAUGGACAGCGAGACAGAGAGUGAAACGCCGCCUCGCGCAGGACCUGGUUCCAGCCCCCUCUUCUCCCUUCUCCCUGGAUACCGAGGCCACCCCAGCUUCCAGUCCUUGGUGAGCAAGCUUCGGAGCCAGGUGAUGUCCAUGGCCCGGCCGCAGCUGUCACACACGAUCCUCACCGAGAAGAACUGGUUCCACUAUGCCGCCCGGAUCUGGGACGGGGUGAAGAAGUCCUCCGCCCUGGCAGAGUACAGCCGCCUGCUGGCCUGAGGCCAAGGGGAGGAAUGUCACACAGAAAACCCCCUUCCGGGCCCCCAGUGGGUAGUGACGGGCUCCCGCAUUCUCCCCCCACAGGGUGGAGAAGGGCAGCAGGCCUGAUGGACGAGGGACCGCGACUUCCUCGUCUGGAGACACGAGGGGUCCAGGGCCAAGCCCCUACCCUCCAGGGAGCGUUGUUCAGGGGGCGACUGAGAUCCAGCCCUGUAGCUGGGCGGGGCAGUCCAUCCUCAGCCCCCAGGGCCAGGCAGUGGGAGGAGCCUCCGUGGUCACCAGGAAGCCCCGCUCCGAGCCAGCCUCCCUCUGCAGGGACCAGAGCAGCAGGUCCCUCUGCCCUGACUCCAGGCUCCUGCCUGGAAGGUGAGGCUGCGUCUGGGGAGCUCUUCAUCGGAGCGUCUGGUGGUUGGAAUAAACACAGUCACACAAGUCUGUUCUCGUGC